AUGAACCCGCUUCUACAGACCAAUUGUGGAAAGUCUUGGUUGCUGUCUAGUCCUGGCAUACUGAGUAAUCCGUCUACUCUAACGGGCUCUACUUCUAACCCAAUCAUCAUCGACAAUAGCGAAAAGUAUGGUGCGGAAGAUGAAUUCGGGCCACAUGACUCUGAUGCUGACACGGAGAUUCUGAGUACUCCUGAAUUUUGGGCGAUUUUGGAUGGCGAGAGCAAUCACGUUUUGUCAAACAAAGCUGCGGUGACCGAUUCGUCCUCCAGGCUGCCUUGCAAGUGCUUCGAUUGUAUUCAACCUUUUGAGCUUUCUUCAACAAAUCGUCUCCCAGUUGAGGAGGAUGAACAAGAGGCAGUUGGGACUACUGAAGGCGAUGUUGCACAUGCCCCACAAAGCGAACGUCAUAAAUUUGGUGCGAUAGCCAAUGCCCCUUUGGAAUCCUGUGGUCAUUCCGAGCCUCCAUUACCCCGUCAAGAGUCUACAUACGAACGAUCCGACAUUAGGAGCGAACCUUUAGAUGACGUUAUUUUAAAUACAUUCGGUUCGGAAUUUUUGGAGAAAUCUCAAAAGACGCUUGGAGACACAUACCAGAAGUUCUUCGACAGUCUGACUACAACCUAUAUUGGCUCGGGCUCCCUCGAGGCUGUUAAGGCAGACCCAGAAAAUGUCUACGUCCAUGCUGAGGCACGGGGUAACCCGCAGAAUGUUGGCAAGGAGCUGACCGCGGUUCGUCCUAUCAUGCGGACCAACCCUGUGACGGGUUGGAAGAGUGUGUGGGCUGUUGGGCCAUUCCCCAAAGAAAUUAACGAGCUCAGCCCGGACGAAUCGGACGAGCUGCUGAAGAAAUUCUACAAUACUAUCCUCGAGAACCACGACCUCCAGGUGAGGUUCAAGUGGAGAAACCCGAACGAUAUUUCCAUAUGGAACAACCGCUGCGCUUUUCACACUGCCACAUUUGACUACAAAGGACUUGGAGAGCGAUAUGGCCACCGGGCGGUUGGCAUUGGCGAGAAACCGUACUUGGACCCAAACAGCAUAUCGAGGGCGGAGACACUAGCUGCUGGAGAUACUUGA